AUGUCGGGCAACACCGUCUACCUCGUCACCGGUGCGAAUAGGGGCAUCGGGUUCGCCCUAGUCAUGGUCCUCCUCGUCCGCCCCAACACCACUGUCUUCGCGACGGCCCGCACCGCAUCCUCGGCUGCGCCCCUGACCAACUUUCAGGGUACCGUCCAUGCGACUAGCAAGCUUAUCCCCGUGCUGCUCAACGAGGACGACACUAGUGGUGCGACCACGUCGGCCACGCUGGCGACGCGCCUGCGCGAGGAACACAGCGUCCAGAAACUGGACGUGAUCGUGGCCAAUGCAGGCGGCUCGCAACCCCCAGGCACGGUGUUGGACUCGGAUCCUGUGGCGGUGAUGAAGGACUUCGAGGUGAAUGCGAUCGGUCCGCUGAAGUUGUUCCAGGCGCUUUGGCCGCUGCUGGAUGCCGGUAAGGAGAAGAAGUUUGUGUACAUUACUAGUACGCUGGGGAGCAUUGAACUUUUGCAGCUCGAGCAGCUCCCAGGGGUCGGAUAUGGGAUGAGCAAAGCGGCAGCGAACUGGUUUGCGAAGAAGGUCAGCGUGGAGUUAGGAGACAAGGUGAUUGUUGGGAUCUUGCAUCCAGGUUGGGUACGGACCGAACUCGGUCAAGUUCUUGCGGACUUAGUUGGACUCGAGCAGCCGCCGAUGACGGUCGAGAAGAGUGCUCAGAGCGUUCUCGAACAAAUUGACAACUUGACUAAGGAGAAGUCCGGCCAAUUCCUGUCUUAUUCCGGACAGGUUUUACCCUGGUAG